AUGGCUUCUUCCGCUAUCCAUCAUCUCAUCUUCCUGUCUUUUUUGCCUUUUCUGCCUGUAUUUAGCGCUUCCAACAUAACUUUGGGCUUGUCAAUUUUUGCCAUUGGUGACAACUCUUCAUGGAUUUCGCCUUCGGAGGAAUUCGCUUUUGGAUUCCGCCAACUUGACAACACAAACAUCUUCUUGAUUGCCAUAUGGUAUGCCAAGAUACCUAACAAAACCAUAAUCUGGCAUGCAAACACAACUAGUCCGGUGCAAACAGAGUCGAAGGUUGAACUCACAGCAAGUGGCCUCACACUGAAUAGUCCUAAUGGCCAAGCAAUAUGGAAGGCACCACUUCCACUUGACACCACCAUUUCUUAUGCCACAAUGCUUGACACUGGCAACUUUGUGCUUUCAAGUAGUACUAAUAACUUUGUUUAUGCAUGGCAGAGUUUUAGUUAUCCCACAGACACUAUCUUGCCAACCCAAGUAUUGUCACAGGGUGGCAUGUUGUAUUCUAGGUUGACUGAAGCCAAUUACUCGAAUGGAAGGUUUGAGCUUCAUUUCAUGAAUGGAGCUCUUGAACUCAAAGUUGUCACCUAGCCUAGCCGACUUGCUUAUAAGGCGUAUUACAGUAAUGGAACGGCUUUCGCCAACCCUUCUGAAUCUAGGUCACAACUGGUUUUCAAUCAAUUAGUGGAUAUUUAUAUAGUGAAAAGGAAUGGAUCUACUGUCGAACUUUCAUAACCAAACAAUG